CGCAGUUGCCGACGGUGACGUGUUCGUUGCGUGUUCGUCGUAUACCACGUGUAGAGUACACAUUCGACACGUCGCCUGCUACUCUGCGUUGUAACCGCCAGCCUGCGUUCGAGUCGCCCGACGAGCGUACGCUGGCGUACGUUGGCGUACGUUUGUUGCCACGUCGCUGUCGAUCUUUGCGCGGAGAGGAAAAGAUCCGCUACGUACGACGAGUUGUCUUCCGUAUUUCGACCUGUAACUAUCUACAUUUCACGCAAGAUUUCCAGAACGCUAGCGUCAGCGAAAUAUCUAGUGUAUUUCGACAACGAGUAAAGCUUCCUGAACAAAGAAUCUCUCGGCAUCCUUUUGAAUUGUCAACAAGAACAGCCGCACAAUGCCCGCCGCACCUAGCGCUACCUCCGUGGGGUCUGUUGGACGGUCGCCCAGCAAAGCCAUAGCGCCGAGAACAGGUGGUAGUGGCACAGUUAGGCAGAGGAAAACCACUGUAACCUCUUCCGCUAGGAACAGGAAUACCGGUACAAGCUCCGGUGGCAUGUGGAGGUUUUAUACCGACGAUUCUCCUGGCAUCAAAGUGGGACCUGUGCCAGUGUUAGUCAUGUCCCUUUUGUUCAUUGCGUCUGUAUUCAUGCUUCAUAUCUGGGGCAAGUACACCAGAAACUAGAUUUAAGUGCAAUACAUCGAGAUUCUGCCUCUUGAUAAGUAAUGAGCGAUACAAGUGCAAAUUGCAGCAUUGUGCAAUUAUAAAUUGGCACUUCUCUCACAGGUUAAUAUACAUGAUUUUUAAUAUGUAUAUUAUUCAUAAUAUAUCAUUGCACAUAAUUACACGUUACGAAUACGUAUUGCGACACAGAAUCACAUCUGUCUUGUGCUGUGAUUGCUAUUGGGUCAAAACAUUCAUAUGAUGGACAAGGGGUAAUAUAAGAAAGUCCGUUUUUUAAAAAGUUUAUCCAUUACAUGUAAUGUAAGAAAAGCGUAAGAGAGAUUAUUUAGUUUGCAUUUUUUUUGUAAAUGUUAAGAGUAUGUAAUAUUGAAGUAAAUAUAAUUUAUUUUUACCCUAA